GAUAACAAUGAUGAUGAUGAUGCUGAGUAUAAAAAAUUAUUUGCAAAUUUCGAUGAAACAAAUAUUUUGAAAUCCGAAUCAAAUAUCGAUGAUAUACAACAACAACAACAACAAAAACAACAAUGUAAUGACAACGGAAAUCUGGUUUCCAAUACACCCAACAAGCAGCCACAUGGUAUUACGGCCAACGAUCAUGAUGAUGAUGACGACGACGACGACGAUCAAAAUGAUGAUGAAAUUGAAGAAUUAAUGCCACCAUCAAAACAACAAAAUGAUUCUACAACGAUAAAUGAGACUACCAUAAAGCAAUCAUCAUCGAUCAUUGGAGGCCAAUCAUCGAUUGGAUAUGACAUUUUAAUAUCCAAAACGAAACCAGAAGUGAUUGACGACAACCAAAACAACGAUAAUAAUAAUAAUGAAAACGCUGAAAUGGCUUCAACAAUUUCAGAAUCUCGAAAUGAUUCAAUUGAAAAAACAGCACCACCCACAUCUAGUUUACAUAGAUUAUGUAAUAUGUUUCAGAAUAUGAUUGAUGAAUUGAAAAAGGUGGAUAUACGUGAUUCAGAAACGAUAAUUGAUGACCAUGAUGAUAAUAAUAAUAAAGGAACAUUUCUCCAUCCAUCACCCUAUGAUGAUCAUCAUACUGAUGAUGGUGAUCAUGAAUCACAACAACAACAAAUGGUCAAUGAGCAGCAGCCAUUACCAUUGUUACAAAAAUCAACAAUAACUAAACGACAACGAAUAAGUCGAACGACCGUAUCGAUUGUUUUACGUGUUUAUCAUCGUGUAGGUACACGUGGUCAUCGUAUUGGUUGUGUACAUCGUUAUCGAAUAAAACCAACGAAAAACAUAAAACAAUUCCUAAAACAAAUUGAAACAAUAAAAUCAAAACCAAAAUUGGUUAGAAAAAAACAACGAAAUUUGAUUCAAUCAACAACAACAACAACUCAGCAUCAUGAUGAUGAAAGAAAAAUCGAACAAAUAUCGAUUGUUGAAAAAAAUUCAGAAAAUCGAACUGAAAGAUCACGAUCAACAGGUGAUGUAUUGAUUCUUGGUAAUUCAACGGGUAAAAAACCACCACUUUGUCGUUUGACAAAUAAUCGUGCAUUUAGUUUAACAUUGGAUGAUCUGAAAUUUCAUCAACACGAUCAAAUGGAACAAAUUAACAACGAAGCAAAUUGCGAUUUUGAUUGUGGUGAUGAACGACUAAAAGCCAUCGAUCAAGAUGAUGACGGUGUUGAUGAUAAUGAUGAUAAGCUUGUAAAUCUUAAUAAACGGCUACCAUUACGAUCAUCAUGGCGACGAAAAAAUUUCUAUAAACGUCGUGAAUCAUUAGAUGAAUAUCUUCAACGUAAAGUAUUUAAAAUGAAUGAAAAUGAAAAUGACAGUGAAUCAUCUCCAUUAAUAAUGAUGGAUAAUAAUCGUAUAUUGAAAUUUCAAUCAAACAAUCCAUGGUUAAAUUAUAUAAAAACAUGUGGACAACGUAAAAUUGAUUGGGAAUCAUUGACCACCGAACAAAUUAUGAUGUAUGAAUCAAUGUUUGAAUUGAUUGUAACGGAAAAAUCUUAUUUAGUGCAACUGGAGAAACUGAUGAAUCUAUCGAAACGUAUACCAGCCAUUGCCAGUAUAUUAUCAAGUUAUGAUCAGAAAAUUUUAUUUGGAAAUCUACAACCACUUUAUGUUGUUAAUCAAUUAUUAUAUAAUGAUUUUGUACGAUCAUUUCAUGAAGACUUUUUUAUGCAUCGUAUAUUUCGUACAUUUCAACAAUAUUUUAAUGAAAAAUUUGAACCCUACAUUGAAUAUAUACGUGGACAAAAUGGCCGUGAUUCAGUGAUGGCAAAUAAAAACUUGGCCAUAGCGAUACCGAAAGACGUUAAAAUGUUGCAAUCAUUAUUUAUAACACCAAUGCAACGUAUUACACGAUAUCCAUUGUUAUUGAAAACAAUUUUGGAUCGUAUGAAAAAAUUUGAAGCCAAAUCAAACACUGUUGCUGCAGAUCAUCAAAUGAUGAAAACAUUGAAAGAUGAUGUGGAAAAAUGUUUUGAAUCCGCCACCAGAUUUUCGAUGCGUUGUGAUAAUGCUGUUAAUGAAUUGAUGAAAUUACAAUUAUUGAUUGAAUUUCGUAAAAAAUUGACAGGAAAUUUUAAUUUUGAUCUGAAUGAUAAUUUUGUCAUCACUGGACGGGAAAUUUAUCGCCAAGCACAGAUAAAAAUUGCUAAACACAUCUGUCUGUUGAAUACAGAUGAAUUGAAGGAUAUAAGAACACGUAAUUCAAUGUUAAUCCUGUUGACCGAUCUUCUUAUGUUGGCCGAUUAUAAACAACGAAAAGACAAAUACAAAGUAAUCGAAUGCGAAAGAUUGGAUCGUGUAGAAUUUAGUCUUGGAUCAUUAAUAGUUAAUGAUGAUACAUCACCAAAAUUAUCAUCUUUUACUCAUCAAAAUCCAUUGGCAUUACCUAAUCAUAAUGGUGGUAGUAAAAUUGUGUGGUCCAAAAUGACAACAUCAACAUUGAAUACGAUAAAAUUUGUUAAAUUAAAUCAAACCGAUCUAUAUCAAUUUGUUUUUGCCAAUAGGUAAACUCAUCCAAAUAUAGAUACAUUUAAUGAUGAUAAUCUCAUGUGUGGUAUUUUCAAAAGAGUUAUGACAAAUCUAAUCAUAUCAAAUUGA